AUGCAGUUAACAAGCAAAAGAAACAGUAUUUCAGGGGUUGGUGGACGGCUUCAGUUGGUUUGCUUUUUGACGUUGGUGCUGGUAGAAAACAGUCGAGCUGUGCACCGUGGUCCGUACCUGCGUAGCUUUCCGACCAACUCUGGCAACGAUGCUCCAUGCUACGACGAAGAUCGUCCUCGUCGUUGCAUGCCGGAUUUCGUGAACGCCGCAUUUGGUGUACCUAUUGAAGCAUCUUCCACCUGUGGUCAUGGCAAGCCGGCGCGUUUUUGUGAUUUGAAGGAGGUAUCUGAUGGAUCGAUGAGCAGCGGGUUGAGUUCAACUGAGUCGACCUGCGAUAUCUGCGACGAAACGGAUGCUGCAAAACGCUAUUCCUCUGUUGCUCUGACUGAUGUACAUAAUUCGAAUAAUGUGACCUGCUGGCGAUCAGAGCCCCGAAUCGGUUCAGUCGAUGCUGGACCGGAUAAUGUAACGUUAACGUUGUCACUCGGCAAGAAAUUUGAACUUACAUACGUUAGCAUAAUGUUUUGUCCGCAUGCCAUCCGACCGGAUUCAAUGGCCAUCUACAAGAGUGCCGAUUAUGGUAAAAAUUGGUUACCGUUCCAAUUCUACAGUUCGCAGUGCCGAAAAUUAUACGGGCGUCCAACAAAAGCUACUAUCUCCCCCAGCAACGAGCAGGAGGCACGUUGUGUCGACCACAAUCGUUAUAGUGUAGAUGGUGUGCAGGGUUCACGAAUCGCUUUCAGCACCCUGGAGGGCCGACCUUCUGCUUCUGACUUCGAUAAUUCCGUUAUUCUACAAGAUUGGGUUACUGCCACCGAUAUACGCGUUAUUUUCCAUCGGUUGCAGUCCUUCAAUGUCGGUAUUACUGGUAUUUUACCAUCUUCUGGUGGUGGGGUUGGAAGCUCUAUGCCGAAAGCACAAUCCGCUGAGCAGUUAACGAAUGGAAAGAUUUCUGGAUUAUCAACCAGAAAGGCGACCGAUAUUCAGCAUUCUAUAGAUUAUUCUUUGGCCGUAAGUUCUGGUGUCUUUACCUAUGCCUUAUCGGAUUUUGCCGUUGGUGGACGGUGCAAAUGUAAUGGGCAUGCGUCUCGUUGCAUAAAAGCGGCAGACGGUAUGCUUGAGUGCGAUUGUAAGCAUAAUACUGCAGGACGCGAUUGUGAAAGAUGUAAACCGUUCUUUUUCGACCGACCGUGGGGUCGUGGGACAAUGCGCGAUGCCAAUGAAUGCAAAGAUGCAGACAUACCGAUAGAUCUGUCGGACGAAGACGGAAUGGGUAAAUCGCAAACCAUUAUCUGA